CCAGUUAUCUUUAUUGGCGAGGUUAAUGGUCGAGCCUGGGGUGCUGGAGAUGAACAUCUGCUUAGAAUGGAUAUGAGGUUUGCUGGGCCAGACGCACAAUUUGGCGCACCUGAGGCAUCCCUUGGACUUAUUCACGUCGGCGGACUCCAACAAUUAAUAAGGCUCAUUGGUCCUGGCCGAGCCGCCGAAUACAUGCUUGCCGCCGCACAAGUUAGUGCUUCUGAAGCAGCUCGUGUAGGUUGGGUCAAUUCUGUGCAUCCUACUGCUGAGGCUCUUCAUGCAUAUGUGGAUAACCUGGCUGUGAGAAUUGCUCUCUUCCCUAUCGAAGCAAUUCAGGCCACCAAGGCUAGCAUUGCUGAACAGGCUCCUUCA